CGCGCCUGCAUCUCGUGCUCUUUCUCUGGCGGACACACAGGCGCUCACGAGUCGCUCAGUGCCAGCCCCCAGGGCAGCGACCCCCACCACCCAGUCCCGGGGCCCGCCCUUGGCUAGCUGCUGCCUCUCUCCAGACGCCUCCUUUGCGGCCUGGGUCACAGCCACCUGGACCCAACCCUUCGACCACUGCUGCUACAGUCGGGACGUGGAAACAGCCAGAGGCGCCCGACCAACACACACUGACGGUACCUACAGAAUAUUGGAUAUACAGAUCCAGAAUCCAUAAGACUUUAUCACCUUAAAUCAAGGAUUUAUUUGAUAGCCUCUUCUGCCUUUUAUUUAUAACAUAUUUUUAAAAGAAUUAAGAAAUUUGCCAAAAGAGAAUUAAAAAAAUAAUCCUACCUGCACUUUCCAAUGCCUAAGAACAGCAAGGUGGUAAAAAGAGAAUUAGACGAUGAGGUUAUUGAGUCUGUCAAAGACCUUCUUUCCAAUGAAGACUCAGCUGAUGAUGCUUUUAAGAAGAGUGAACUAAUUGUUGACGUCCAAGAAGAGAAAGAUACAGAUGCUGAGGAAGGAUCUGAAGUUGAAGAUGAAAGGCCAGCUUGGAACAGUAAGCUACAGUACAUCCUGGCCCAGGUUGGAUUUUCUGUAGGAUUAGGGAACGUGUGGCGAUUCCCAUACCUCUGUCAGAAGAAUGGGGGUGGUGCCUAUCUUUUGCCAUAUUUAAUACUGCUUCUGGUAAUAGGUAUCCCCCUUUUUUUCCUGGAACUUUCUGUGGGUCAAAGAAUUCGGCGAGGAAGCAUUGGUGUGUGGAAUUACAUAAGCCCCAAACUGGGAGGGAUUGGAUUUGCAAGUUGUGUAGUGUGCUUUUUUGUGGCUCUCUACUACAAUGUCAUCAUUGGCUGGAGUUUGUUUUAUUUUUCUCAGUCUUUUCAGCAACCUCUACCUUGGGAUCAGUGUCCUUUGGUGAAAAAUGCUUCACACACAUUUGUAGAGCCGGAAUGUGAAAAAAGUUCCGCCACCACCUAUUACUGGUACAGAGAAGCACUGAAUAUUUCCAGUUCCAUCUCUGAAAGCGGGGGCUUAAACUGGAAGAUGACCAUCUGCCUGCUGGUUGCCUGGGUUGUGGUGUGCUUGGCUAUGAUCAAAGGCAUUCAGUCUUCUGGAAAAAUCAUGUAUUUCAGUUCUCUGUUCCCAUACGUCGUACUUAUAUGCUUCCUAAUCAGAGCACUCCUUUUAAAUGGUUCAAUUGAUGGCAUCCGUCACAUGUUUACCCCUAAGCUUGAAAUAAUGCUGGAGCCCAAGGUUUGGAGAGAAGCUGCCACUCAGGUGUUCUUCGCCUUAGGUCUAGGAUUUGGUGGUGUCAUUGCCUUUUCAAGCUACAACAAGAGAGACAACAACUGCCACUUUGAUGCCGUCCUGGUGUCCUUCAUCAAUUUUUUUACUUCUGUCCUGGCAACUUUGGUGGUGUUUGCAGUUCUGGGCUUCAAAGCAAACGUCAUAAAUGAGAAAUGCAUUGCAGAAAAUUCGGAAAUGAUCAUCAAACUUGUGAAAAUGGGCAACAUUAGCCAGGAUAUCAUUCCCCAUCAUGUCAACUUUUCUGCUGUUACUGCGGAAGAUUAUCAUUUAGUUUAUGACAUCAUUCAAAAAGUGAAAGAAGAAGAGUUUCCUGCUCUUCAUCUCAAUGCCUGUCAAAUUGAAGAUGAGCUAAAUAAAGCUGUUCAAGGGACUGGUUUAGCUUUUAUUGCCUUUACAGAAGCAAUGACACAUUUCCCUGCGUCUCCCUUCUGGUCAGUGAUGUUCUUCCUCAUGCUGGUAAAUCUAGGGCUUGGCAGCAUGUUUGGAACCAUUGAAGGGAUCAUCACGCCCAUUGUGGACACUUUCAAAGUGAGGAAAGAAAUUCUCACUGUUAUCUGUUGUCUUCUGGCAUUCUGUAUUGGCCUGAUAUUUGUGCAGCGCUCUGGAAAUUACUUUGUUACCAUGUUUGAUGAUUAUUCUGCCACACUGCCUCUGCUAAUUGUAGUCAUUUUGGAGAAUAUUGCUGUAUCCUUUGUUUAUGGCAUAGAUAAGUUUAUGGAAGACCUAAAAGAUAUGCUGGGCUUUGCUCCCAACAGAUAUUACUACUAUAUGUGGAAAUACAUUUCUCCUCUAAUGCUAUUAUCGCUGCUAAUUGCUAGCGUCGUGAAUAUGGGAUUAAGUCCUCCUGGCUAUAACGCAUGGAUUGAAGAUAAGGCAUCUGAGGAAUUUCUGAGCUAUCCAACCUGGGGAAUGGUUGUCUGCAUCUCUCUGAUGGUCCUGGCAAUACUUCCCGUCCCCGUGGUCUUCAUCAUCCGUCGCUGCAACCUUAUAGAUGAUAGUUCUGGUAAUUUAGCAUCUGUGACUUAUAAGAGAGGAAGGGUCCUGAAGGAUCCUGUAAACUUGGAGGGAGAUGAUGCAAGCCUCAUUCAUGGAAAGAUAUCAAGUGAGAUGUCCUCUCCAAAUUUUGGUAAAAAUAUUUAUCGCAAACAGAGUGGAUCUCCAACUCUGGAUACUGCUCCCAAUGGACGUUAUGGAAUAGGGUACUUGAUGGCAGACAUGCCAGAUAUGCCAGAAUCUGAUUUGUAGCCGGGGGCAAGAAUCUGUAGGUUUUAUUUGGUUCAUUUUAUCAAUGAACAUUGGCUCUACUGAGAGAAGCGUUAGACUUCACUUACCAGAGGGCGAUCUCAGGUGUUCCAUGGCUGUGAUCUUUGAUCCCAGCAGUGUGUGUAAAUUCAACUGGAGCAUCCCUUUGGAUUCUUUGGUUUACAUUUGUGUAGAAAGAGUUACAGACGUAGCGUGCAAUGACUGAGGUCCAUGUCGGUCAGAAUUUUUUAAAAUACUUUGGGUGUUUUUUCAAGUAUUUCUAUCUCUAAAAAUCACAGGUGUUACCUCAGUUUCUAAUAAUUUCUGGAUGUCAUGGUAUGGAGCAAUUCGAAAAUGUUUUGCUUCAAAAUGUAUAAGUUUGCCUUCAGGGUAACCCCCAAGAUUACAGUGAACAAUUCUGUAAGUUGGUGCCUCUCAGCACGUUUCCAUGAAUAUACCGUGUAGAUAGGCUGUACUUAUUUUGGUAGCGUCAAUACCUUCUUAGGCAAUUAGUUGAAGAAAACUGCAAAAUAUUUUCUUAUGUAAUAGCUAUAUAGAGCAAUAGUAUCAAAGAAUAAGAAGGCACUAAUGCUGGGAUGAAAGGUGAGAUUCAGAGGUGACUGGGGAUCAUGUGUGUGAUGGUUGUGUAUUUUGUGUAAAAUAUGUGUGUGAAAAUGAUCUAAGACUGAGUCACUCAGCCCUCUCAAGAAUGAUGCAGAUUCUGCAUUCUUCUAUGCCGUGUGCCUAAAAACCUACUUAAUAUUUAUUGUGGUUUCAAAAUUACUCCUAGUAUAUUUAUAUAAUAUACUUGCAAUGUACAUAGAUGUAUAUUAGUACUCUGAGUACUAAUUUGAAAACUUGAAGCAAGAUGGCAUUUUAUUUCAUAUCUUUCUGUUUUGCUUCUGUUUUAUGCAAAUAUAAAUCCUUUUUUUAAGUGAUUGUUAAAAAUCGUAUGGCAUUACAUUUUAAGCUGCAAAUAAACA